UAGAGCUUAUUAUCGUUUUUGCAGUUAUGAACCAUUGUACAGUCUUGGGCCCAAAAAUCCUUGCUAUCCCUUGGAAAGAGUUGGAGAACUGCCAGAAUUUCAUUACAAUCCUUUCAAAGAUCGAAUGAUCAAAGUAUUUGCAACAUCUGUGGAAGGGUACCUGACAUUUGAAGAUUAUCUUGAUAUGUUAUCUGUGUUUAGUGAGAGAGCCCCCAUGAGUCUGAAAGCUGAAUAUGCAUUUAAAAUAUAUGAUUUUGAUGGUGAUGAUUUAAUUUCUAAGGAUGAUCUUGAAGAACUCCUAACACGUCUUCUAGGAACAGAGUCAUAUGACGUACCAGAGCGUGAUAUUCAAGAAGUGCUCAAAACUGUGUUGAAGGAUGGAGAUAUUGAUGAAGAUGGAAAUAUAGCAUUUACUGAAUUUUCACAUGUUUUGCAGAGAGUUCCUGAUUUUAUGAAGUCAUUUGUCAUAACAUUGUAAUAUUAGAAAAGAAGACUUUGAAAGAUAUGCAGCCUUCUUUGUGAUUUACUAUACGGGUUGUUCUAUAAUUUUAUGUCUGUCAUACUUCCCACCCUUAUCAUUUAUAUCAAGUUUUCAGUUAUUUGUCCAAAUUAGUAUUAUUAUAUAGAGUGCUAAUUGCUUUGUUCCUAAGUAUAUGAUUCUGUUAUAGUUUGUAUUCCUAACAGUCAUAUCAUUAUGAAUUAUCCCCCUUCCAAAAAAAGUACGAAAUUCUUUCAUAUUAUUAAUUCACAGUUUGACUGUACACAAAUGAAUUUAAUGAAUAUUAAUUUGUAACAAACUUGUUACAGAUUAUUUCAAUUUAUCUGCUUACUGUGAAUGCUGCUGUUUUGAAUAAAAUAUAUACUGUCAUUUUUCA